AUGGUAUACAAGAGAAAGUUGCCUUCUGCCCUAAUCUGCUGUGUAUCGACGGUAACAAAUGAUUCUUGGGGAUCAAGUAGCUUCUCAAUGGUUCAGAUUCAGUUGACCAUUGGAAGAUUUUUUGGUUGCUGUAUUAUGGCUUUCGGUCAAGAUAGAGAAGUCAGAAGCAAAGUUUCCACUCUGAUGUUUAAUGAGAAAAAUGGAAUUGCAUCUUUACUCCUACCUGGUGGCAGAAUGGCUCGUUCUAGGUUUUUAAUAUUCAUUACAAUUACUGGUGAAUCUACUUGCAACAUCAAGCAUGACAGUUUGAAGACUGAGCUGUUAAUCCAAAGUACCUUAAUAAUUUGGGAUGAAGCACCAAUGCUUAAUAAAAUGUGCUUUAAAGCACUUGAUCAGACACUCGCGGAUCUUAAGUCAGUUACCGAUCAAUAUAAAAUACAUCAACUAUUUGGUGGUAAGAUUGUGGUUCUAAGAGGUGAUUUCAGACAGAUAAUUCCAGUGAUUCCGAAAGGGAGUAGACACGAUAUAUUAUCAUCAGCUAUUAACUCAUCCCAUAUAUGGUCGUUCUGUAAGAUACAUGAUGUUGAAAAUAGAAAUAUUGGUUCUGCUAUUGAUGAUGAGUCAGAAGUUGAAGUUCCAAAUGAUCUGCUGAUUGUAACUAUUGAUAACCUUCUCUCUCAAUUGAACCAGCCGGUUACCAGUCCGGUCCAACUAGCAGUUUCCAAAUGGUUUUUUGAUCAGGGGUUAUUGGCAAUGGACCAGAAUGUUUUCAUUACCGGUUCCCGGUUGAACCGGUUCGACUGA